GCGGGGCAGUGGGAGGUCUCAGAACGCUGCCGCAGCCAGAGUUCCGUUCCGUGUCCCGACUCCCGGCGACAUGUGGCGGGGCAGCCGCUGGCUGCGGGGCCUGGUGCUGCCGGCGGCGAGGGGGCUGCGGCUGCGCCCUGCUGGGCCGGGCCCGGGGGCCGCUGUGCGCUGCGCUCCCUGCUGGGCGGGGCGGGCCCUCGGCGGCGGGCCCAGCGCGGAGCUGCGGGCUGGCGGAGGAGCCGAGCAGGAGCGCAGAGCCCCAGAUCAUACUCUUUCCAAGUUCAAUAUUGAUCUUAUCAUCUCUCUCCUGAGGCAAGAAAAUGCUAGCAACAUUUGUGUUAUCCAGGUCCCUCCAGAAAUGAGAUACAGUGAUUAUUUUAUAAUUGUGAGCGGAUCUUCUUCAAGACACCUCUAUGCUAUGGCGCACUACAUGCUGAAAAUGUACAAGCAGCUGAAACAAGAAAAUGAUCCUCACAUUCAGAUUGAAGGGAAAGACACAGAUGACUGGAUGUGCAUUGAUUUUGGUAGCACAGUGAUCCAUUUCAUGCUUCCAGAGACACGAGAGAUUUAUGAGUUGGAAAAGUUAUGGACUCUCCGUUCUUAUGAUGACCAGUUAGCACAGAUGGUUCCAGAGUCGUUACCAGAAGACUUCAUAGUUGGACUCACUCACCACCAGCAGUGAUCAAUCUUUUCUUCAUGAAAGGAAUACAUACAAAUAAUGCAGUUAGAGCACUCACCGCUUCAGGAUUAAAGAAUGCAACAAGCAAUUUCUUUGGUUACUUCUGAGGAGAGGGGACACAGCAAAGAGCCACUGUGCUUGAAUGCUCCUCCAUUGUUGUGCAGUGAGUGAGGGGCUAGGCUUACAGCAAUACAGCUGUAGGACACAAAGUACCUAAUUGAAUCUGUCUAGAAUUGAGUAUUAUGAUUUAAGCCCCCCCCUUGUUCUUCCAGAAGUGCAGGGGGACCUUGUGACUGAAGUAGUCAGCAUCUCAGUUGAAGCUGUAGCUUCAAGUAUACUGAGUGAGAAGGAAGAGUAGCAGCUAUUUGAAUAGUAGAGACAGUUAACAUGAAACUUAGUUUAAAAGGAACUUCAGGUACUAUACCUGCCCCUGAAUCUUCCUACCAGUGUUUGGUUUUAAUACCGAAAGUAUCUCCCUCUGCUGUUGCUGUAUGUGAAAGUGAAAACCCCUCUUUACUUCAAUAAUCAAGGUGUUAUGUAAAUUACAUUGGUUUGAAGGUUAAUUUUACUAUGUCCCUUGAACACCAUUUAUGGGCACAGAUCCAUAGUGAGCAGAGCCCAAACCUUGUUCAAUUUGAGGUUAAAGUACAAGUAGGGGAAGCAAAGUAGCACUGAGACGGGCUCGUUUAUACUGAUUGUUAGCAUGGGGCAAGCUAAGGUGUAAAUCUACAGCACUCUACUAACAUGCCAUGCACUAAGAGCUCCAAAGUGCAUGCUGAUGUACUGCUGUUUGAAAUGGUUUCUGUGGGUGGCAGACUAGAAUGCUGUAGAUGUAUAGCCUGGCUUGCUGUGCAUUAACUGAUCACGUAGGUGUGCCUUAAAGGGGAUUUUGUGAUAAAGUAAGGAGAUGUACCUAAAACCAAACAGCUGUAGCAGCUUUGUCCACCAAACAGCACCUGUGCAAUUUAGCCUAACGUUUUCUCAAAUGCUUGAACCUGAAAAGAAAACUCUACACAUUCAGCAGAAGGAAGAAACUUGGAAAAGCAAUGCUUAAAACCACUCUGGCUAAUAUUGAGCUUUGCCUAGCAGAUAUGUCCAAAUUCAUUCCAAAGGGGUACCUUGAAGUCAUUAAGGUAGGGAAAGGCCACUAAUUUAAGAAAGGAGGGGGAGAGGAGUAGGGCCAGUCCUAUUAAACAGCACUAAAGAGGUCAAGUCAAAGCAGAAAAAAUGAUUUUGGGAAAAGCAACAUUAUAAAUAACUUGAUGCUUUUUAAACAGAAAUACUGUGCUCUUGAAGAGAGACAUUCCACCUAAGGUAUAGUCUGCUAUUCUGUAACAAUUAGCUGAGGCUCACUUGUGCUCAGAAUUGAUUACAUGUUCUACAGUACUGUGAUACUAUGCUUUCUGGAUGCCUUCUGGUGUUUUCAAAGCACCCAGUCCAAAGAGAAUUUCAGAUUACUUAUUGAGAGAGUUUCCUUUCAAUAUUUUGCCAAUAAAAUCUGCUCUUAUAUGAAACAAAUUGAAGUAGAAAUUUACUCUCUCCAUCAGGCAUCCCCAGCUUUAGUCAAAACGCACAAAAGGGUGAGCCAAGAGUCCUGACAGGUAUCGUACAAAACUACAUUGAAAUCUUGAGUACUAGCGCAAAGACAGCCACAGCUAGCUCUUAGCCCCAAACAGUACCACAAAGCUGCUAUUGCAGGCAUACAAGUAGAAAUUACACAAGGUCUAGUUGCAUUAAAAAACUAUGCAACUGUUGGGCUACACUUUAGCUAUAAAGCCAAUGCAAUUUUGGAAUGUAUCCAGGUACUCGUCACCUACCUUGGAGGUGAUCAUGUAGCAUUAGCACCGUGUCCUUGUCCUAUGAAUGGCAGAGUUCUAACACCAACCUAGCAGACAACUCAGACAAAACUAGCUAUUGAUCAAAACAAAAAUCAGCCCUAAAAGCCAUGAAUGCAGGAGCUAAUGAUUAAUAAACGCUAUCACAAUAACUGUUCACAGAAAUGCUAAUAAAGAUGCCUUUGGCAAGAUUUUUUGUAACAUAAUGAAAAGUCUGCUUGGCUGUCUAAUAAGCCACUGAGGCAAGAAAUAUUCCAAUUGAUGACAAGACUGCUACACAAAUUAAGCAGAUGUUACAAUGAAAUAUGUUAGUAGCCAAAUAUACUGCAGAUUGCUUUUUUGAUGUGCCUCAAAUUACAAGGUAUGAGCCUGUCCUGAUCUACAUCGUAUUUGUCUUUAUGGCUACUUUAACACUGUUAGGCUUAGAACCCUUCCAAGAUUCACACAUGUAGCACUAGAUUAGUAGUAAGGAGUGGAAGUGACUAUAUUUAUUAGACCACUGAAUAUGUAUUAAAAAACUCUUGAUGGACACUUGUCUUCUGUCCAUCGUAAAUGGUUUGAAAAGUAGUAGCUCGUUAAAUAGAAAAACCUUUCCUAAAGAUGCAUCAAAUCAUGUCCUGGCGUCUUUGGCAGUUACAUAUACAGAAAUACUAGCGUAACACUGCCUCUGAGACCAAAGACACAAAAUUCCAUAACUCCUAUGAGGAAGGCUUUACUUUGUCAUGGGGCUUUGGAGAGGAAUUCCAAGGAGUUUAGAAGAGUACAGACUUAACAAUUACCAGUAAUAAAAACCAUGGCAAUGUGAACGAUACCAGUAAUUAACCAUUUUCUGGGUAUUCCAAUUAGUGGUGGGUGCUAUUAUACAGGAGGGAAAGCUUGGGAAUCUUUCCUCUGACUAGUAAGAUGUCUGAGGAAAAUAAACCUUGCUAAGCAGUUCUAGAUUUUGCUUUGCAAUUCAUUUAUAAAGAUACACAAUGUAAAUCGCUUUAGUCUCGCGCUCUCACGCACACAUACACAAAUCACUUCACUUUUCAAUUCUCCGUUAAUGUUAAUGUAAUAUGGUUUGCGCAUUGGCCUGCUAAACCCAGGGUUGAGAGUUCAAUCCUUGAGGGGGCCAUUUAGGGAUCGGGGGGGCAAAAAUCUGUCUGGGGAUUAGUCCUGCUUUGAGCAGGGGGUUGGACUAGAUGACCUCCUGAGGUCCCUUCCAACCCUGAUAUUCUAUGAUUCUAUUACCAGCAAUUAAGCCUAAAUAUCAAGAGUUGAUGCCACCUCACAGAAGUUGGGGGGAAGAAAUGAGAUACAGAUUGCUACUUUUUGCACACUACCAUCACAGAUUCCAUCUGCCCUCCAAAUUUCAGGGAAGUGCUGUUUGUGUGUCUUGUCCAUAAGAAGAGGGUCAAAGCAGAAGACCAGAACAAAUGGCAGCCAAAAAUAAAACAUCUAUAACUCCAAGUGGACAAUCUAGAUCUCUUUCCUAAGGGCUGUAAUAUAUUCCUUGGCAUUCAUAUGCUUGGUUGUGAUGGGCAGGCACAGAGUCUUUCCAAAAAGAUCUAGGCAACCUAGAACAAAAUCUCUCUCAAUAAAAAUGAAGCCAUUAAUUGCAAAGUGUACUGUGGGCAGCAUAAUAUGGAUAUAGGGGAAGAGAGAAGAAAAAGUUAUAAACCACAGAGAUGAAUGCUGGUGCUGGGCCAGGUGAAAAUUCUGACUGCAUCAGAUGUUGUUGGCUACCCUAAAGACUGUGGAAUACCUGUGGAUUGCUGCAGAGUUCCUUAUAUAAAUAUUAAUGAAAACGAAUUGAAAGGAAACCAUAAAAAAAACCUGAUCAUUAGAGCAAACAAAUGCCUGCACUAUUUAUAUCACAUCUUUAGCUUGAAAA